GCAGCAGCAGCAGCGGCAGCAGCAGCAGCAGAGUCUGCUGGAGCAGACAUGGACAGCGCAUCCGCCGCUCACCGCAUCCGCGGAAAUGCAGGGAGCUGCGGAUCUGUGCCGCCGGCAUCGACUCAUUACUACCACACCCGAGUGGCCCUUGUUGUCGGAGAGAUCUAAACAUCUCACCGUGAUUGACUCUAAAUGGGGCUGCGCCACCAGGGACAGAGAGGGGGCAGUAUUCGAAUUGGCCCGGAGGUUCGGGGAACUGGGGGUCGGUGCGGUGCCCAAGAUGCUGCUCAAAGCAGGAGAGCUCCCGCAGUGUUCGUGUCAAGGUGCACACGGGCCAGGGGGAGGAGGGGUAGAACCUGGGGAUGACCCCACAGAGACCAGCGACGCUCUGCUGGUGCUGGAGGGCCUGGGCAGCGGUGAUGUGGACGGUCUGGCCAUGGAGGGAUGUCCAGGGGACGAGGGGGACGACGAGAAUGGACGCCGCGAGUUUUUACUCAACAGAAAAAGGGAAAUAGUUCAGAAAAUGUCCGGCGCCUUUUCUAUCAGCACUUUCCAGGCUGAGCUGAGGAGGCAGGUGGAGGUGAUCGCCCCGGCGACGACCCAGGCGGCCGGGCAUCUAGGUGCGCAGAUGUGCGGUGUCCACGGGGGCUCGGGCAGCCGGCUAUCGCAGCUCGGCUCUGGGGAUGUGGGUGCAGUGGCGCAGCUCUCGGCCAUGUCCCAGUCACCCACACCUGUCCAGAACUCACCCUGGGCGACGAGCCCAAACCUGAGCCAGGCGUCGACACCCAGGAGGCGGCCGGAGCGCUGCGCCAGCGCGCCGCGUACUCCCACCGGCCGCGCUGCAGGUGGGGAUAAAGCCCUCAAAGUUCCGGGAAAGUCCAAAAAGGGGUCGUUAAAGAUCCGCCUGAGUAAACUGUUCAGAACUAAAAGCUGCAGCGGCUCCAGUCACCUGCUGGACAAGAGGCCCUCGGUCACCUACUCGGUGUCGUCAGCUGGGAGCCUGGUGGACAUGGCGAGUUCUGUUGGAGCUGAGCAGGACACAGACAGCCACAACUUGUCCAGGCUGAACAGGGCCCACAGUGCCUUCUCCCCCGCCUCCCUCUCUGCCUCCCUCUCUACUUUCACAGGUGAGACUGUCUCACUGGUGGACGUGGAUAUUUCACGGCGAGGGGCGAACACACCACACCCUCCCACGCCUCCCCCUCCUCCACGGCGGAGUCUCAGUCUUUUAGAUGACAUAGCCGGGCCUCAGCCUGGUCCUCUCCUUGUCAUGGGUGCGUCCCUGCAGUCCCUCCCCCUGCCUCUCCCUCCUCCUCCCCCUCCCUCCCACGCCACCAUGCAGCACAGUCUCAGCCUCAAUGACGCCUUCCUGCGGGCCCUUCCUCACACAGCGCCGCCGUCCGGCGACGCACGACCACCAAUCAGACAGGCUCCGCCCCCCGUCUUGUGUGCCCUCCGACGUUCCGAGGCCAGUAACUUCGCCGCCAGUCUGAGAGAACUGGAAAAGUGUGGCUGGUACUGGGGUCCGAUGAACUGGGAGGACGCAGAGAUGAAGCUGAAGGGGAAACCAGACGGAUCCUUCCUGGUCCGAGACAGCUCCGACCCCCGAUACAUCCUGAGCCUCAGCUUUAGGUCGCAGGGAGUCACACACCACACACGCAUGGAGCACUACCGAGGGACGUUCAGUUUGUGGUGUCACCCGAAGUUUGAGGACCGCUGCCACUCGGUGGUGGAGUUCAUCGAGCGAGCCAUCAUGCACUCCAAGAAUGGCAAAUUCCUCUACUUUCUGCGCUCCAGAGUCCCAGGGCUUCCCCCCACCCCGGUUCAGCUGCUAUACCCCGUGUCUCGCUUUAGCAAUGUAAAAUCCCUACAACAUCUCUGUCGCUUCUGUAUCAGACAAAUGGUCCGCAUCGACCACAUCCAGGAGCUUCCACUGCCCAGGCCACUUAUCUCCUAUUUGAGUAAGUUUUAUUACUACGACCCGGAGGAAGAGAUGUACCUGUCAAUCAAGAGCAUCGAGAGGGUGGUGGGGGCAGAGCAGGAGGCUGAGUCACAGACGUAGCAUCAGAGAUCUUCUUAACUCAUGUUUCUGUAUGGAAGACGGACCGGUGCUGGCCUGCCAGUCUUCCAGCAUCAGCCAAUCAGAGUCCUGGAAAUCUCUGUGUUCAGUUGGACUGGGGUGGAGCCACUACUCUGUUGUUCUGGACUAACAAAAGAGGGAACAGUGUGUUCAUCUGUACAGCGUAAAAACUGUUGAGGAAAAAAUGACGCCGCCGCAGAUGAGGAACUGCUAAGAUGUCACUUACAAACACGUGAGGGAAAACAAACUGAAUUUGAUCUCCAACCUGCUGAAGUAGACUUUCAAACACAGAUGCACUGGUCAGUUUGUACAACUGUUAUUUGCUGUCGUUUUAUUGGGUUCUUUUUUUUUUCCUCCCAUUUUGUCAAAGUGAGGGUUUUGGGAUUAAAGGUUGCCCUCAGGAUGAAUUCACACACCGAGGCAGGGCAACAGCGCCCCCCUCAGCGGGCACGCAGACGCUCAAAUCACAAGAGUUUAAGAAAGACGAGCUGCCAUUUUGGAGUUUUUGGUGAAUCUUCUUUUUUUUUCUUUUUUCUGCGUGACAAAACCAUAUUUCCACUAUCACAUAAAAAGAUAAAGAUAAGAUAAAUUAGGAAUUAAGACAUUACGAUUCAAAGUCAAACGUUUGGUUUACGUGGACUUUUUCUUUACGCAUCAUCUGACAGUUUGGAUGAACUGGGUACGACUCCUGAACCCGAAGUUCGGCUUGAAGUUCUAACACCUCGACCUCUGAAUGUUUUAGUUGUGUUUCUUUAAUGGCUGAACUUUCAGGCCAUUGUGUCAUUCUGCUCCGACCAAACAAUGUUUGAUGUCUUUGCCUUUGGUGGUGUUUUCAUACGUCACAGAUCUCCGCCGUCAUAAGCCACUAAGCUGACAUUUCAUCAGGAAUACGGUGACUUUCAAAUUUUUAUUGGCGAAUUAAAACCUUCCUCAAUCUCGGAAAAUUUCUAUAAGGCCACAUCAUUCAUUAUUAUUGUUUUUUUUUUGUCAACUGAUUUCUGCUGUUGUUGCCAUCUAGCUUGAUAGUUAGCAACGUAGCUAGCUAGCAAACGUCAAAGAGAUGAUUAUUGGUUCGAUCUUAAAUGUGUCACAAAUCGUGAGUAAAUUAUUCUAAAGGUGGUUAAUAGGCCUUUAUAGCGUAACAAAAGUUAAGUACAAAUUGACAUUAAAAGAGAACACAGGCGGUAAAUAGAAAUGGACGACGUGUCUCUAAAUCUUCCCGUGAACAAAAUGAGGCCAAACUAUCAGGACCACACGUCGCUACCAGACGCUGAGCUGUUUGAACGGUGGAAUAAAGCUGUGGUAUCGAGGUCUUGCACAUGAACCCUCUCGACCAAUAACGAGUCAAACUCAGCUGCUAAUUGUGGCGUUUCACACACAGAUACCUAGCAAAAAAAACGUAAAAUUAAGCUUUACGGAGAAAUAAUUCUUUGACUUAAGAACGACCUAAAAUGAUAUAAAUCAUCUUGGGAAACAUUUAUAUGAUGUCAACAUAUUUGAUUUUUUUGCUAUUUUAAUUUAAUUUAAGUAUGUAUUUAUUUAUUUAUUUUCCCAUCCACUGACGUAGAGGGGGCGGGGCUUAUGAGAUGUACCGCAGUGAGCCACCAGGGUGUGAUCCAGAUGAAUUGGCUUCACUUUGGGGACUGGUUAUUGUCCAUUUUUAGCUACAGUUCAGCAGCACCAUUUUGUUUCUCAUGAACUGCUGCCGGUCACAAAGAAACAACACGGAAGGAAAGCGUUGAAUUUUAACAGCGAUCCAAUGUUUUAACAUGAACUUUUCUAUUUCAGUCCAACAUCUCUGGGCCGCCGGGCCAAGAAGAUAGCUGAGUUUUUUAAAGACCCAUCAACUCAACGUUGUUUUGAAUAUGCUGUUUGGUACCAUUAUCUGGGAUUGCGUUCCAGAUGCCUCAUUUUCCCAUCAUGCCCUGCCUCGCAAAAUGUAUCAUUCUAACAUGACUGAUGUCGAUCUGUCAUUUUUAUUUGUUUAAAUGCUGAGGUGUAUAUUUUUGUUCACUCUGUUCCUUGGUUUCCCGCAGCUGUAGCCUCUGGCUCAGCAUUUUCAGUAAAAAGAAGAAGAAAAAAAGAAAAA